GACAUUAACGCAGCUCUAUUUUUUUUCCCGAGGAAAAAUGUAUCUUCUUCGCCCACAGUCUUUCUCCAGGAUCGCUUUUAAUUCCUUUCUCUCUACCGUGCCACGGAAAGAUUGUCAAUUUAUGAUACAGUUUAAUAAAAACUGGUCGUGUGUCGGCUGAUUUAUUUUAGCUCAUAUUCUCAUAUUUCUGCACGAAAAUGCCAAGGUCCAAGAAGAGGAGUUCCAGGGGGGUUCCUCAUGGAGCUGUGCAACCUUUCAGCGAUGAGGAUGCCUCCAUCGAGACCCUCAGCCACUGCAGCAGCUUCAGUGAUGCCAUGAGUGUGGCAGACGAAGGAGGGGAAGCAGGUGAGGAGACAGCCCAGGAGGAUUUACAGUACAAGCUGAAUGUUUUCAUUGACAGCACUGUGGAUAAGAGUGCCAAGACCAGACAAGGAGCUCUGGAUGGGCUGAAGGCUGCCAUGGCAACUAGGAUCCUGUACGAGUUCAUUUCAGACAGGAGGAUGACCAUCACCGACAGCAUUGAGCGCUGUCUCAAGAAAGGUUUAGGGACACCGCAUGCCAGUCUCUCUUGGCUACGAGUUGAGGAAAGACUGACUUGGUUCAUGCGUUCCUAUGUGAAGGAGGAUGGGAGUCGCCCCUCUCUCAACCCCCAGACCACCCUGCUCCACACCAAUGCCCUCCUCUCCUGGGCCCUGCUGCUCACAAUCUGCACAGGCAGCCAGGUCAAAGCAGUCACACGCAAGCACCUGACCAAACUACCCCGGUUGUUGGAGAAUGAUGAUGUCAACAUGAGGAUAGCAGCGGGAGAGACCAUCGCUCUGCUGUUUGAGCUGGCUAGGGAUAUGGACCCUGCGUUUGAGUAUGAUGACUGGGAGCCCCUGUGUGACAAGCUGAACUCUCUGGCCACCGACUGCAACAAACACCGUGCCAAGACUGACAAGAGGAAGCAGAGGUCUGUGUUCAGGGAUGUGCUCAAGGCUGUGGAGGAGAGGGACUUUCAGACUGAGACAAUUCGUUUCAGCACUGAGCGUAUGACCAUCGACAGCUGGGUGAGGAAGAGGACAUACGAUGCCUUCAGGGAGUUUGUGGGCUCUGGUAUGAAUUACCACCUACAGGCCAAUGAGUUUAUUCGUGGUGUGUUUGAACUGGGACCACCCGUGCUGGUUGACACGGCCACACUGAAGUCCAUGAAAAUCUCCCGCUUCGAAAUGCAUCUCUACAACGCAGCUGCAUUCAAGGCUCGGACAAAGGCCAGGAACAAGUUCAGAGAGAGGGUUGACGUCGGGGAGUUUUAAUGGGUCCAACCUGCUCUUUUUAUUAACAAUCUUGAAUCACUGUUACUAUCCUUAAUUUAUCCAAUGGUCAAGUGGUUGGUAUUUGUAAAUAUGAGUAAUCAUGUCUGUCUCAAGUGAUGCCUUAAUUCCCCAUAUAAACUUGCCAGUGCACCAAUUUUAGCCAGAGUGUCUAUGUAGGGAAUAAAGUGUCAUGUGAGAUGCA